AUGUCGACUCCAACAAGAGGCAUGCUCCGCACACUACGUCCCACAACCGCCCUACGCUCCUUUGGCCCCUCAUCCCAACGAACCUUCAUGAACCUCCCCGGCACCGAACCGCAGACGCUAACCGAAAAGCGCAUUCUGCCCUACAGCUCCGCAUCCCUCUACAGUCUAAUUGCCGACGUCGACAACUACUCGACCUUCGUACCCUACUGCAGUUCCUCGCGCGUAACCAAAUGGUCAGCGCCCGAUUCCAACGGGAAAAAAUGGCCCGCCGAAGCCAACCUCACCGUAGGCUGGGCCGGCGUUGAAGAAACCUUCACCUCGAAACUGCUCUGCGUGCCCGGCAGCAUAGUCGAAGCCCUCGGCGGUGACGCCGUCACCUCGAUCCCCGAAUCCAAGCUUCCCCACCAUUCCGCAACAUUCCAUAGCCCCGCCGCCGCCAACGGUAUUUUCCAAAGCCUCAACACACGCUGGACACUCAACCCCUUCCACUACCAACCCCCCACCGGACAACCCCAAACAGACAAAACCGAACUGGAAGCUAGGGAACAAACCGAGGUACUUUUGAGCAUUGAAUUCCAAUUUGCAAAUCCGUUGUACACGGCUUUGAGUAAAGCAGUGGCGCCUCAAGUAGCACCGAAGAUGAUCGAGGCAUUUGAGUUGAGAGCUAGGAAACUGUUGGAUGGGCCCGGCGCCGGGAUUGAUAACAAGACAUCAUUUGGUCAUGCAAUUAGUGCGGCAAAGAAACUUGGUGCUUGA